GGACUAUUAGGCCCCUAUUGUUGCCUAAUUUACGCACAGAAAACAGAGAUCAGUCUUGAAACAGUAUAGUGUUAGGGGAAAAUGGCAAGUCCACGAACAAAAAGGGUGUUAAAGGAUCUUCGACUUCAAGAAAACAAUAACAAAUGCUUUGAAUGUGGUGCUCACAAUCCCCAGUGGGUAAGUGUCAGCUAUGGAAUAUGGAUAUGCUUAGAAUGCUCAGGAAAACACAGAGGACUGGGCGUACAUCUUAGUUUUGUAAGGUCAGUAUCUAUGGACAAAUGGAAAGAUUCAGAGUUAGAAAAAAUGAAAGCAGGAGGAAACCAGAAAGCUUUGGAAUUCUUCCAGUCACAGUCGGAUUACUCUGCUGGAAUGUCCAUACAAGAAAAAUAUAAUUCCAGAGCUGCCGCAUUAUUAAGAGACAAGAUAACAACAAUAGCAGAAGGGAAACCCUGGAGUAUAGCAACAUCUUCAGCUAAAGACUAUGUAGCAUUUAAACCCCGAAGUUCCCUGCCAAAAUCCUCUAGUUAUACCCAGAAUCACUCCAAUGGUUACAACAACUUUGGUGCUGAUGAAAGUUACCAAGAUAGCUAUCAAGAUGCUGAAUUUUACAAAAGUGAUAGCUUUAAAAAGAAGAGAGAUGACUUCUUUGAUCGACAACAAAGAGAAAAUGCUGCCAGACCAGAAAAUCUACCUCCUAGCCAGGGAGGAAAAUAUGUAGGAUUUGGAAGUAGUCCUGCUCCCCAACCAAAGGGUGAUGACUUCUUUGACUCAACUCUUUCAUCACUAUCUUCGGGAUGGUCAUCAUUUACACUAGGAGCAAGCAAAUUUGCUUCAGCUGCUUCUGAAAAGGCUGUUAAAGCUGCUGGUGUUGCCUCUAAGAAGACUAAAGAGUUUGGACAAACAGUUAAUGAAUCUGUUAUAAAACCCACAAAGGAAAAGGUUAAAGAAGGUAAAAUUCUGGAUGAUGUUUCAACAUCUAUGUCCAGUUUUGCCACUAGAGUUAAAGAAGGUACCUUGAUCAACGACGUUGGGACGUCCAUGAGUGGGUUUGCAGCGAAGAUAAGCUCAAAGGGGUGGAGCAAUUUUUCCUUGUGGGGUGAUGCUAAAUCCCCGACAGGUGGCCCCGGAGAGAAGUCUUCACUACUCAAGGAUAAGUCAUCUAACAAUGACGACCCCAGUGAGAACAGUUUGUUAGAUAAUGAAGAGGAUGAUUCUUGGGGUGGAUGGGAAGAACAGAACUCCUGGCAAAACAACAAGGAACCUCAAAACAAGAAGAAAAACAAACCUCAAAAGCUCAGUGAGGAAGAUGAAUUUGAGGCCUGGUUAAACGAUGAUCAGCCUCUUCAGUCAUCAAAAACAAAAUCAAAAAGUAAAGAUGGAUGGGAUGACUGGGGAGAAGACAAGACAGACAAAAAGACGAAAAAGUCGGACAAAAAUGUGAAAAAAGGGGGAGAGAAAUCAGUAGGAGGGGAUGGAUGGAGUGAUGUGAACUGGGAAUCAGACUUUUCUUCCCCUCAGAAGCAGAAAGAACCUCUGGUGGGGAAUCUGUUGGACUUUGGUGAGGUGGAGACGGGGGGAACCUCCUCGGGCUGGGACAAUGAGGUGUGGGCCGAGGAGGAGGACAAUGAGGAUGCUUGGCAGAGUCUAGAAGAAAGCUCCAAGUUAAAAUGAUUGUAGUUGUAGAUUUAGGAUUUUGAAUAUGCUCUGUGCCAGUAUUGUAAUAUUUUAAGACACUAUCUCAGCAUCAUUAAGAGGUAUUUACAUGUACAUUAUCCUACACAUCUUAUGUCAAAUUCUGUUCAUUUAUUAGGAUCUUGUGAGUUGUUUGUCCUCAUGAAAUUACCAUAUGCUUUUGCAGUAUGCUUGGAAAUAUGCUUUGAAAAAUAACUAAGGACCAUAUUUGUUAUCUGUUAACUUUGUACUGAAUUUAAAAAAAAAAAAACAAAACUGAUAUUUAAGAGAUACAUACAUUUCAAACCAAAAUCCAGAUUACAAUCAAUAUGCCUGUAAACAGAUUUUAUCUGUUUAUAUUUAUGAAUUGUAUGCAUAUACAAUGUGUUGUUCAAAUUCUCCACUUAAGUCAUUUUAUUGUCAUUUUAAUGCAGAAUGAGAAAUUGCAUGAUGUAUAAGUGGUCUCAGAUAAGACAACUGUGCAAUAAUUAAGAUUAUGUGUGAUAAAAAAAAUGUUUAUUUAUCAGACAGGGGUGUGAAUGUGAAGUGGACUUUUUUUUU